AUGAGGUUUACAUCAAUACUAUUAUACCCAAUUUUGGCAUAUUCUGCCUUUGCUGAAGCUACCGAAAAGACUGUUGAUGUCUUCAGCAAGUCUGUCAAUUCUGCAUCCACAGUAAGCUUAGGUCAGAUAAAGUACGACACGGCUACCAAUAAUACUGAGUAUGUUGCCAUAAGCGACUUGCCCAGCCAUGAGAGCAUUUGCUUAGGAACGAGGCAUAUACCAAAUAGAGAAUGCUUCACGUUCCUUCAAACCAAGGAAUCCAGCCCCAAGGGAAGGUUUGUCUUGUUCUUGAACAAGGAUAGAGAGAUAGAAGACAUUGCCUUCCAUGCUGGUGAUGAAGAAUGGAGCACUGAGUUGGUAGACGUUUUGCUGGCUCCAUCUCCAAACUUGAAGCCGUUUGUCAGACAAAAGCAAAAACAGAAAGCUGAGCCCGUGAAGCAAAAAGUGAUUAGAAAGAAGACCGUGGAGAUCGACGGCAAGCAGACUGAAAUCGAAGAGGAAGUUGAAGAAGAGGUUCAAGAAGAUGCUAAACUGUGGUUGCAGAAGAACUGGAUGUGGGUGGUGAUCCCAUUGGCUCUAUUCAUGGUUAUGGCACCUGAAGAAGAAAAGAAGGAGGAAUAG